UUUCAUGCUUUCCUCCAACCUGAUUAGAAGACAGCCACAAGUACGAAAGGCAGCUGCCCUCACGUACAUGUGAGGGAAUGGAGCUAUUUAGGUACCUCGUUCUUCGUACCUCCUGCUGUAGCUCCAUAGAGGUGUUGCAGCUGCCACGACGACGUGCGUCAUGAUGCCAUAGCCAUUGCUAUAAACGUGUUUGUCCGCCUUUCCCCGUGCCUGAGGCUUGUCGUCAUUAUUGACUACCUGCCGUCUCUUCCCCCACCCCUAGGCCAUACCGGCGCUGUUACAGCCGUUGGCCUAAUUGACAUCCCAUCGUGCGUGUCUAUUAGCAAUUGCACAUCAUCUUUGACGUCUCAAGAGCCCCAACGCAGUGGUCCAACCUGGGCUGGGCCUCUCUCCAGCUCACCAUGUUUCGAGCCGCGCGCCCCGUCCUCCGCCUCUCCCCGGGUGCUUCCCUGGCGAGCUCCCUCUCCCGCCGCCAUGCUCCCACGGCAGCUCCCAGGGUCAGCGCGCGCGUAGAGCUGCCGACCUGGUCCUCCCUGUCACGCUUCGCUAGCAGCAACGCCAACAACAGCAACAGAGGCAAGUCCAAUCCCAAGUCGGAGAACCCUCCACCGCCCAAGCAGCCCAUCGACCGGGAGCACGAGAUGGAGGUCGCCCAGAAGAAGCUCGAGCCUCGGCCCGAAGAGGUCUCCAGCCAGAGCUCCGUCCGCCACGUCAUGGAGGGAUCGGGCCAGUCCGACACCCCAGAGCCGGCCUCAUUGACAACCGGCUUGAAGCACGAUAUCGGCAUUGUGCGAGAUACCUUUCGCCUCACGCGGGUGCCCAAGGAAUCUCACAUCCUUGGCCUCGCCGGCACGGUCCCCUACCUCGCGACGUCCCUCUCGACCGUCUUUCUCGCCUGGGAUGUCACCAAGCAAGUUCCCACGGGAAACCGGCUCUACGAUGCCCUCUUCAUCCCCCACGACACAGCACACUACCUUCUCAGCGCCAUUGAGCCCCUGCAGCUUGGCUACGGCGCCGUCAUCAUAUCCUUCCUCGGCGCAAUCCACUGGGGUCUCGAGUAUGCUGAAAAGGAGCCUCUUCGGGAGCGCACCCGCUUCCGCUACGGCAUGGGCGUCGUUGCCUCCGUGGUCGCAUGGCCCACCCUCUUUCUCCCAUUCGAGGCGGCCCUUACCACGCAGUUCAUGGCCUUUGUUGCCCUGUACUUCGCCGACUCGCGUGCUUCCUCCCGCGGCUGGGCGCCACCGUGGUACGGCAUGUAUCGCUUUUUGCUGACCGUCAUGGUCGGCCUCGCCAUCCUCGUGUCCCUCGUGGGCCGUGCCUCAAUCAGCCAGCACGGCCGCCUGAGUAGCCAAGGCCUCAGCUCCACCAUGGAGAGCCCCGGUAUCGCGGACAGAAGCACGAAUUGGGCCAAGCUUGAAGCCGAGGAGAAGGAGAAGCUGCGCAAGGAAAAGAAGGAGGCCGAACAGAAGGCCAAGAAGGAGGCCGCAAAGAACGAGGGCAACAAGGGUGCGGAGAAGGACGCAAACGCUCAACAAUUCAGCAAAACAAAGGAUGAGGGAGACAAGGCCAAUGAUCAGUCAAGCAGUGCCAAGGACGGUGGGGAGUCCGCCGAGGGCAAGGACGAGAAAAACGACAAAGCACAGAAGGGCGGCAAGCAGGGCAAGGAUGAGAAGGGCUCAGAGGACGACAGUGACCCCGCGGAUAGCGGGAGAAAGGGAGAUAAAAAGGAAGAUCGUGACGACAGGAAAAAAGAUGAGCCCCGCAAGAGCCAGAACGAAUAAGACUCAAAGGCCGGGAACAACGGAGCUGAAGCUGGAGACAAGGAGAGCACAGACGGAGAGAAAGACAAGAAGGGUGGAAGUGACAGCUCAGGCGGGUGACAGCUCGAAAGACGGCGGUAAGGGGGGCAAGAGUGGCAAGAUGUGAGCAAAGACUUGUUUUAUGGAUUCUAAAGGUCGGGCAGGGCGUCCCUGUAGCAGUAUUCACCCUGUUCCAAUGUGACAGACCCCUGGAGAUACCUUUAGCGUCCAGCUACAAAAUCUCGUGGGC